AUGACAGUACAGAACCUCAUGGAAUCAAGGGUCAGUUGUAACCUCACGGUGUCUCAUGGAAUCGAGGACACCAUUGUGAAACUUGGGGGCAAUCCCCAUGCGAAGGCACAGCAAAUAUCCAACAGCAGUUCCAUCAGGCACUUCCUCCUGCUGGCACUGGCAGACACGCGGCAGCUGCAGCUCCUGCACUUCUGCCUCUUGCUGGGCAUCUCCCUGGCUGCCCUCCUGGGCAACGGCCUCAUCAUCAGCGCCGUAGCCUGCGGCCACCACCUGCACACGCCCAUGUUCUUCUUCCUGCUCAACCUGGCCCUCAGCGACCUGGGCUCCAUCUGCACCACUGUCCCCAAAGCCAUGCACAAUUCCCUCUGGGACACCAGGAACAUCUCCUACAUAGGAUGUGCUGCUCAGCUCUUUUUCUUUCUGUUCUUCAUCUCAGCAGAGUAUUUUCUCCUGAUCAUCAUGUGCUAUGACCGCUACGUGUCCAUCUGCAAACCCCUGCACUACGGGACCCUCCUGGGCAGCAGAGCUUGUGCCCACAUGGUGGCAGCUGCCUGGGCCAGUGCCUUUCUCAGUGCUCUCAUGCACACGGCCAAUACAUUUUCCCUGCCCCUGUGCCAUGGCAGUGCCCUGGGUCAGUUCUUCUGUGAAAUCCCACAGAUCCUCCAGCUCUCCUGCUCCACAUCCUACCUCAGGGAACUUGGGCUUCUUGUUUUCUCCAUCUGUUUAUCACUUGGCUGUUUUGUGUUCAUGAUUUUCUCCUAUGUGCAGAUCUUCAGGGCUGUGCUGAGGAUCCCCUCUGAGCAGGGACGGCACAAAGCCUUUUCCACCUGCCUCCCUCACCUGGCUGUGGUCUCCCUGUUCAUGAGCACUGCAGCGUUUGCCUACUUGAAGCCCCCCUCCAUGUCCUCCCCAUCCCUGGAUCUGGCCCUGUCAGUUCUGUACUCGGUGGUGCCUCCAGCCCUGAAUCCCCUCAUCUACAGCCUGAGGAACCAGGAGCUCAAAGCUGCAGUGUGGAGACUGAUGACUGGAUGCUUUCAGGAACAUUAA